AUGCGACGAGGAUCAACGGCGAUCGAUCUGGCGCUGGUAGCUGAUGUCAUUGACGCGGCGAAGAACGGCAAUAAGGACUGGUACCUGUUGCUGGUGGACUUCAAGAAUGCCUUUGAUUCAGUAUCGAGGGAUUUCUUGUUCGAUGUGCUCCGGCGGAUGGGCUUCCCGGAACGCUUCGUCGGCUGGAUUGAAGGCCUGCACGAGAAAACAACGACAAAGCUUUUGGUCAAUGGCUGGCUGGGGGACGGGCUGGAGGUGGCCUCGGGAGUCAGACAGGGCUGCCCGCUAGCGCCUUACCUUUUCUUCUGCGCGGUGGAGCCCCUGGCUCAGGCGGUGGAAAGAGAGCGGCUGGGGCUUCACAGAGAUGAGCAGCGGCUAACUGCGGACGGGUCGGCAGUUUUUAAAUGGGCUGGAGCCGAUGAUGUUGAGCGCCUGUUGGGGGUUUGGGUGUCGCCAUCUGGGAGCGGUGUAAAAACAUGGGAGAAGACAUUGGAGCGGAUUGCUGAGAAAUUGACUAAGUGGCAGCAGAAAUACCUGACAACCACGGCGAGAGCGACAGUGGUGAACUAUUACAUCAUACCGAUCAUCGCGUUCCAGGCGCAGGUUUACCCUCCGUCGGCUGACGUCUGGGAAGACCUCAUUCGGCUGAUUCAUGGUUUCACAUCCGGGAACAGAGCGUCAGCAGCGAAAGGAUUCAGACUGUGGAGCAAAGAGCUGUUGUACAUGUCGAGGGAGCUGGGAGGGAUUGGAGUGAUGGAUCCUGAGAUCAUCAUCUCCUGUCUUGCGGCGAGAAGGGUCGGCCUUUUUCUCACGGAGGGUGAUGGGUUGAAGAAAGAGCUGAUGGUGCUUGCGGCUGAACUCCCGCUCGGUGCGGACUCCUUCGAGGCUCAUGAGAAGCUGUUCAAGCACUGGGAGGGGCGUAGUGUGCGUUGGAAGCAGACUUGUGAGUGCCUCUCACGCUCGCCGCUGUACACAAGGGCGGCGGCGUGCACGAGGGAAGAGGUUUUGCAGGAGAGGGUGGUUAUUAAUAAGAACAUUUUGUUACGAGGCACCACGCCAAUUGGUGGUCAGAAGGCUGCUAAGGAGCUGUCGGGACUCAGGCUGGGGGCCUUGUUCACAAGGGAGGCGUCAGGUGAGCUAGUGCAGAAAUCCAUGGCGGCCCUGUCGGCAGAGGUUGGGGGUAGUGGUGCUGCGAAGCUGGCGCUGAAGGCUCUGACCUGCUUGCCUGCGGCCUGGUACAAGCUGCUGGGGUUCCCAACCGUGCUUCCUCGCUCGGCUGACUCCCCUCCACGGGUGUUGAUCCUGGAGAGGGGGGAGGUUGCCCCCAUGAAGCAGCUGAAGGAGGGAUGGAAAGGCGACGACGACGAUCAUGAUCGCAAGGACGCCGCCGCCAUGCUCGCGUCGCACAGCGCGUGGCGACAAAUGCUGGCAACCGCGGCGAGGCCGGUGGCGGCGCAUCAUCUCGAGACAGCAGGGGUUGCACCUGGCAGGGACAGUGGAGACGGCGUUGGAAGCACAGCUGCUGCUGAGCGUGCUGGUUCCAGUGAGACCAUAGUUAUCGGUGGUGCCGUUGGUGCUGGUGGCGGUGAAGCAAGGGAGAGUGACGGCGUUCCCCCUUUGUCUGAGUCGGCCACGCAGCAGCAGCCUGCUGCUCUGGUCGUGGCCUCUGCAGCUGCUGCGGUGGGUGCUACUCCCGCUGCUGCCCGUCAUGCAGCCUCUGCUCUGCAGGCCCUCGCCCUCGCGUCGCUGCCGCCCCCCUCGGUUGUGCCGUCGCUCGCAGCGCCACUGGUGUCAGCAGCGUCGGCAGCACUGGCGUCGCUGACGGUAGCAGCAGCACUACCAUCAGAAUCAGUGUGUUCAUGGCCCCUCUCCAUGCCCCUCUCCAUGCGCCUCUCCAUGCGCCCCUCCAUGCGCCCCUCCAUGCGCCCCUCCAUGCGCCCCUCCAUGCGCCCCUCCAUGCGCCCCUCCAUGCGCCCCUCCAUGCGCCCCUCCAUGCGCCCCUCCAUGCGCCCCUCCAUGCGCCCCUCCAUGCGCCCCUCCAUGCGCCCCUCCAUGCGCCCCUCCAUGCGCCCCUCCAUGCGCCCCUCCAUGCGCCCCUCCAUGCGCCCCUCCAUGCGCCCCUCCAUGCGCCCCUCCAUGCGCCCCUCCAUGCGCCCCUCCAUGCGCCCCUCCAUGCGCCCCUCCAUGCGCCCCUCCAUGCGCCCCUGUCUGUGUGCCUGUCACCCCACCCAGAUGUCCAACCAUCUCUUCUGUCUGCGUGAGUUUGCGCUGAUGGCAGGCGCUCUCAACCGAACGCUCGUGGUGCCCAUGGGGCCUCAUGAGCUAACCCUGCCACUCUCCCUCGUGUUUGACGUGCCCUUCCUGCGUGCCUGCUACGGUCCCAAGAUAGCCCUUACCCUCGACGAGUACAAGCAGUUCGUGGGCAAGGGCAGCAUGGAGGUGAACCACGUGCUAUGCCUUGUCAAGGGCUGCCACCUCGUGCCAGAUGCUGCGCCAGGCGGGCAGUUCGUGGCGGGCAAGGGGCGCAUCAGCCUAGCAAACGUGACGGUGCCGGCAGUGGAGCAGUGGGCGUGGUCGGGCCUGCCUGACAAGCACUCGCUGCAAGCGUUCCUCAAGGUGUACAGCCGAGUACCGGACGGGGUGCUGGUGAUGGGCGAGUUCAAGAAGCAACCCAUCACGGAUUCUGUCUUCUUCCGCAUGCUCUCCCCAAUGGACCUCCCGUUCCUGCUGCCCCCACCACCGGGCAAGCAGAAGGGAAAGGCCAAGCCUGCGAAGGUGGUGCCACGAGAAACAUGCCUCGCGUCUCCCGCCAUCCGGGAACAGCCACUGGAGGUCGCAGCUACGGUUGCUGCGGCUGAUACUGCUGCUGCUGCUGGUGCUGCUGGUGCUGCUGGUGCUGCUGGUGCUGCUGGUGCUGCUGGUGCUGCUGGUGCUGCAACAGCUGCUGCUGCAGUGGAGCAGGAACAGCCAUCUACAGAGGCACUAAAGAGAAGACUGUUGAGUCGAUUUGCAGCUGAGGACCACCAGAGCAGAGGCCAGCAAGAGGAGAUGCCACUGCCACCCAAAGCACCGCUCUCACUGCUGGCGGUUGCACAGCUAUCUGGGCCCGAUUCUCAGCCGUUGGAUUCACGAUCUCAGCUGUCGAUGCCCGCGAUCGCACGGCGCAUGCUGCCUGGUGGAUCAAGCGGAGAUGAGGCUUCACUGCAUGAUGAGCUACAGCCUGCCAACAUCAGCAGCGGUCCCGAUGCUUUAGAUGGCAGCAGCAGUGCAGUGCAGCUUGUAACGCUAGCGCAUCUGCUCUCUAAAGAGGACAGCAGCACGUGGCUUCAACCGCUUAUGGAAAAUGGCAUCAAUAUCAAGACCACCCCUCAAGCGGUCCCCACACUGGAGAAGCUGGUGUGUGCGCUGGGUGCUGGCUUUCUGGGCACAGCCCACUCCACCUUCACCAAUGACAUUGUGCGGCUGAGACACGGGUUCCGCACAGCAAGGUGCAGCGAUGAUUAUAUCUGCAGUGCAGGACCGAAAGAAGGGUAG